AAGUACAGACGAAAAGAAACAGUAAAAGAAAAAGACCAUUCCUUUGUUCUUCUUCUUCUUCACUAGCUUCCUUCUUAUUUAUUUUUUCUUUUAAAUGGGGAGAGAAAAUUUCUGUGGUGUGGAAAUGAUGAUGAUCAUGGAGGUUAAUGGCAUGGUUGGUGAGAGAGAAUAAAUGCUGUGAGAGAGAGACAGGUCCUACUUGGUGCCCAGACAGAGGAAGAGAGAGACAAACACAAAGGGGUUUUAGUUUUUUUAGUUUUUUUUUUUUUAGUUUCAUAUCAUUGUAAUACAUGAAAGUGUCUGUAAAAUAAAAGGAAAGUGUAGAGAGAGAAAGAGGAGAGAAAAUGGACAUGCACGUGGUUCAGUUUGUUCACUUGGGUCGUGGCAAACUGCUGUUCUUUGCUGUUUUUUUAUUUUUUAUUUUCAUUUAUAAUUAAAUUUUGUUCUACUUUGUAAGUUCUCAAUAGCAAUUAAAGCCCAUACCUUCCUGCCCACCAUUUCCCUUCUCUCUUGCUUUUUGCAAAGAUCAGAUUUUGGGGUCCUUUUGUUCAACCCCAGAAAAAAAAAUUGUUCUUUUUUUUUUGGUUUAAUUCAAAUGGGCAUUUGGGUUUCUAAUUCUUCAUGAACAAAAAAUGUGCUCGAGUGAAGAAAAGAUGUUGCUAUGUGGCUAUGACGAUCUGAAUGUUUCUCAUUCUGGUUUGUUGUUUAUGCCGGGAAAUCCAAGUGCCAAAAAAAACGACAACAUUUGGUGGAAGAACAACAGACUAUAGCAGAGAAGCUUGGAUCUAACUUCAUUAAUCUUGUCCAAAUGCCAUAAUGCCAAACGGGUAGAUUCUGUUUCUAUUUUUUUUUUUACUUCUCAUUUAUACCCUUGUUCCGAGCAUGAGAAAACCCCGCCAUUUUAGUCCUUGUCAUGCUCUUCUUUUGUGCUUGCUUUAUUGCUUUCUUGGGCUAUUGAAUUGUGUUUUGCCUGCAACUGAUGAGAGAGAGAUUCUGCUUCAAUUCAAAGGGAAUGUUACAAAUGAUCCCUACAAUAGCUUGGAAUCAUGGGCUCCAAGUAAAAAUCCUUGUGUAGAUUAUAAUGGUGUGUUUUGUAACUCUGAUGGGUUUGUGGAGAGGAUUGUUUUGUGGAACUUCAGUUUGAGUGGAACACUUUCUCCUGCUUUGUCAGGGCUAAAGUCUUUGAGGAUUCUGACACUGUUUGGAAACCUGUUUAGUGGCAAUAUCCCACAAGAAUAUGGCGAUAUUAAAACCUUGUGGAAGAUCAAUGUGAGCUCAAAUGCCUUAUCAGGAUCAAUCCCGGAGUUUAUUGGCGAUUUGCCAAACAUUAGACUUCUCGACUUGUCAAGGAACGGUUUCACUGGGGAGAUACCAUCAUCUUUGUUCAGGCAUUGUUACAAAACCAAGUUUGUUUCCUUGUCUCACAACGCAUUUUCGGGUUUGGUCCCGGAAUCUCUGUCUAAUUGCUCCAACCUUGAAGGGUUUGACUUCUCUUUCAACAAUCUGAGUGGUGGGGUUCCAUCAAGGCUCUGUGAUAUCCCAAGGCUUGAUUAUGUUUCAUUAAGAAGCAAUGCAAUAUCAGGAGGUGUUGAGGAGCAACUCUCGGUCUGCCGGAGCUUGAAAGUGUUGGAUCUUGGUAGCAAUUUUUUCACUGGUUUAGCUCCUUUUGGGGUUCUUGGAUCUGUAAAUCUAACUUACUUCAAUGUGUCAUUCAAUGGUUUUACUGGGAGGAUUCCUGAUAUGACAGAUUGUGGUGACAAAAUCGAGUUUUUUGAUGCUUCAAGAAAUGGUUUUGAUGGGGAGAUCCCUGUGGGAAUUGCAAAUUGUAGAAGUCUUAAGGUUUUAAACUUGGGGUAUAACAGGCUUAUUGGAAGUAUCCCAACUGAGCUUGUUAGACUAGAGAAGCUUGUGGUGAUUCAGUUGGGGAAUAACUCUAUAAGCGGUGUAAUUCCCCAGGGGUUUUCUAGCAUUCAGCUUCAGGUUUUGGAUUUCCACAAUCUCAACCUUGUUGGAGAAAUACCUGCUGAUAUAAGCGACAGCAAACUUCUUCGUGAGCUGGAUGUUUCUGGCAAUGCCUUAGAGGGAGAAAUUCCCAAUACUCUUUACAACAUGGCUAACCUUGAAAUCCUCGACCUACAUCGAAAUCAUCUCAAUGGAAGCAUUCCACCGACCCUCGGAAACUUGUCAAAACUGCAAAUUCUUGAUUUGUCACAAAAUUCACUUUCAGGGCCAAUCCCUCCUUCUCUUGGGAGCCUAAAAGAUUUAACCAAUCUUAACCUUUCCUCUAAUAAUCUCUCUGGCACCAUUCCUUCUACCAUCCAGCAAUUUGGCAUCUCCGCAUUUUCUGACAAUCCCUUGCUCUGCGGUAACCCUUUGGACAAGCCUUGCACAGGCAAUGGUACAGCACCUUCAAGUCAGAAGAAAAAAAAUCCCCUAACUGUGUCUGCCAUUAUUGCAAUUGUUGCUGCUGCAGUGAUCCUUACAGGGGUAUGUCUAGUGUCUGUUAUGAACAUUGUUGCCCGAAGGAGGAAGAAAGACGAGGAGCAGAUGGUUGUUGAGAGCACCCCACUCCCUUCAACCGAUUCGAGCGUCAUAAUUGGGAAACUGGUUCUUUUCAGCAAAAGCUUACCCUCAAAGUAUGAAGACUGGGAGUCUGGCACAAAGGCCUUGCUUGACAAGGAGUGUAUGAUAGGUGGUGGAUCAAUUGGGACAGUCUAUAUGACGACUUUUGAAGGUGGGGUCUCCAUUGCGGUGAAGAAGCUCGAGACUUUGGGAAGGAUAAGAAACCAAGAUGAAUUCGAGCAGGAAAUCGGACGGCUAGGCAAUCUCCGGCAUCCCAAUUUAGUAGCCUUUCAAGGUUACUACUGGUCUUCCAGUAUGCAGUUGAUUCUAUCUGAGUUUGUCCCGAAUGGGAACUUGUAUGACAAUCUUCACGGUCUUCACUAUCCAGGCACCAGCACUGGUGGCGGCAAUAGUGAAUUGGAUUGGUCAAGGAGGUUCAAGAUUGCUCUGGGCACGGCGCGAGCCCUUGCCUACCUUCACCAUGAUUGUAGGCCACCAAUUCUCCAUCUCAACAUCAAGUCCACCAACAUUCUCUUAGAUGAGAACUACAAUGCCAAGUUGUCAGAUUAUGGCUUGGGAAAGUUGCUUCCCAUCUUGGACAACUAUGGCUUAACCAAAUUCCACAAUGCUGUGGGAUACGUCGCUCCAGAGUUGGCACAAAGCUUGAGAUUGAGCGAGAAGUGCGAUGUUUAUAGCUUCGGGGUGAUUCUUUUGGAGCUGGUCACAGGUAGGAAGCCAGUUGAGAGUCCAAGGGCUAGUGAGGUUGUGGUGUUGUGUGAAUAUGUAAGGGCAUUGUUGGAAAGUGGGUCUGCUUCAGAUUGCUUUGAUAGAAGCUUGAGGGGUAUUGUGGAGAAUGAGCUUAUUCAGGUCAUGAAGUUGGGGCUUAUAUGUACAUCUGAGGUUCCUUCUAGAAGGCCAAGCAUGGCAGAGGUUGUUCAGGUUCUUGAGUCCAUUAGAAAUGGAUCAGAAUCACAAUGACCUUAGAGAAGUGUUGUAUUUGUUACCUUAGAGAAAGCAUUUUAUGGAGCAGAAGGGAUCAGAGUAAUAAUACUAGUAUAGCUGGGAUAGAAUUUGGGCAAUUGUGAAGAGGGAAAAUGGCUCUUAGAUAGGAAACAAAUAGAAAAAUUCUUUUGUAUUUUAAUUGAGAUUUACCAAAAAAAUCAAUUGUUUCUUUUGUUAUUAGUGAUUCUUCCAAUAAAGAAAUGGUUUUUAUUGUC